AUGCCUCUCGGUUCUGCGGAAUCUCAAGACGAGGAGCGCAGACACAUGCCGCCUUCCGCGCAUGCAUCCCUUUCCGCGCAUGCGCCUUCCGCCGCGCCCUCCGCGCAGGCACCCGCGCUGAUGCCCCUCCCGAACGGCGCGCUGUUCGGUUCCGCCGUACCCCUGCAGCAGCAGCAGCAGCUGCUCCAGGCGCGCGACGGGGAGGGCGCGCAAGCGCAACUCCAUGCGCCGCAGCAGGGGCUGAAGGCGCCGCAGCAGGCGCCGCAGCAAGCGGGCCAGACCGGGUUUUUCAACGGUCAUCAGACAGAAUCUCUGGGCACCCCCGCGGCCCCGGCUCUCGCCUCCCCGCCCUCGUUGUCCUCCAAGUCCCCCGCGGAGGUUCAUCCGCCAAUGGAGCCGCUUCCGCCGCUGCUUCCGCCCCCCGCCAACCUCAACUCUUCCGCCACCGCCGCACCGUCGUUCCCGUCAAUCGGCCGGCCCCUUCCUUCGCUUGCGCAGAACACCCGCGGGCUCCCUUUUGGCGGAACAGGCGCAACCGGAGCAAGCUCCACGGGGAACGCCACGGGUGCCGCCGCGCCGCCGCCGACCACCACCGCUAACUACACGACUCCCGCGGGCCGGUUACGCGUGGGUUCUCACCUUCCGCUACUCGGCGGACGGUUCCGCUUCCGCGCAACGAUCUCGGAAGGCGGGUCUGCGCGCGUGUUCGAGGCGGUGGAUACCGCUGGCAGCUCCGCAGCUGGUGCAAGCGGAGGGGGCGCGCUCGGGGGAUUACCAACGGCGUCGGAUCUUCAACGGUCGUCGAAUCAAAACCAGAGUCAUCUACAACCGACCGUUGUGAUCAAGGCGAUGCACCGGCAGUAUCGUGAGGUGGGUCGGCAGGAGCUACAGCUGCUACAUAUCCUCAACUCGCUUCUGCCGGCCGUGGUUGGCGGCGCAGAAAACGGAAGCGCGGAGAACGGGGACAGAGAGCCGGACGGUUGUCCGGUAGUGCGGCUGAUUGAACCGGGAGGAUUUGAUUUUUCUGGGCACAUGUGUUUGGUGUUGGAGAAGCUUCACGGAUCGCUCCUAGAUUACCUCUGUCGCCGGGCCGUUGAAGACGCCUCCGCGAAACCUGCCGCAUCAGCCGCCGCGUCUCCCGGCGGUGCUUCCACGUCGUGCAGUUGCGCGGAUCCCGUUACGGAUGGCGCGCGGAGCGGACCAGUUGCGCGUGCGCCAGCGUUCCCCGACAGAGUGGAGGACGUCCGCGCGGUUGCGCGCCAAGUGCUCACGGCGCUGGCGGCGGUCCAUUCAAUCGGGUUCAUUCACGGGGAUAUCAAGCCCGAAAAUAUCCUUCUCGCUGCGCCGAUUCCUAGCGGAACAGCUGCGGUUGCUGCAGGAGCGCCGGGUUCGGGGGGCCGGGUUUGUCUGGUGCAUUCGCCGCGGCCGGCGCCUCUGAAUAUAAAACUCGCUGAUUUUGGAAAUUCGUUCAUGCAGCGGCAGGUGAAGGAUUUGUGUCGGGAUUUUGAUGUUCAGACGCUCGCGUACCGGGCACCUGAAGUUUUGCUCGGACUGCCCUUCGAUAAGAGUAUCGAUCUGUGGUCGCUGGGGUGUGUCCUUUCGGAGCUCGCGAUUGGCCGGUUGCUUUUCGUCUGCGAUUCGCCCGCGCAGCUGCUUCGCCAGAUGGUGGAGAUGCUCGGGUUACCUCCUCCUGCGAAGCUGUUUCGCAACGGAAAGCUCUUCCCGCAGCUUGCGAGGAGCGCGCGUGUGUACCCGUCGCAGCAGCUGGAGGAGAUCGCAGGAGAUGCGGAUGGCGAGGGUGGGAAGGCAGCGGGCGACGACGACGCAGCGGAGAAGAAUCAUGCGACAAUUCGGCGUGGUCGACUUGGCCGGAUGCUGUUACAACACGAUCCUCUCAUGGCGGAGCUCAUUUUCUCCUUGAUGGAGUACGACCCAGCUAAACGUCCCUCUGCUCAGCAGGCGCUACUGCAUCCUUUCAUCCAGACCUCCCAGAACGCGCAACCCUCUGCCCCUCCGCCCAUCCCCUCCUCACCCGCCCCCUCCGCCUCCGUCCCCGCCUCCCCCGCGCUUCCCCCGCUCCCUGCCUUCACCGCACCCCGCACCGCACCUCCAAUCAAACCCGAGCCUGUCUUCGAGCGCUCUGCCUCCUACCCUCUCACGUCAGGCUCGGCAGGAGGUUCGGCAGCAACCGGACCUGAGCCAAUGGCUCUGGAUUCCAGGCCUGUGCCUGUAUUCUCCCUUGGAAACGGUCUCCCAGCCACCGGUCCGUUCCAGCAGCAGCAGCAGCAGCAGCCGCAACAGCAGCAGGAGCAGCAAGAGCAGAACCAGGAGCAGAGCCAGCAAAACGGAAACAAAAGAGGGAAUCGGACUCCUGGUGCUGCCGCUUCUGGCGCUACUGCUGCUGCUGCUGUGGCGUGGCGCUUCCAUCUCCUGCUGCCGCUGGUCCUUCUCCGGGGAAUGGGAAUGCGGCGGGUGGGAGUGUGGGGGGUGGAAACGGGGGGAGUGGGAAUGUGGUGGCCGGAAGAGAGGCUGUGGGAGGCGGAGGGGUGUUGGGUGGGGUUGGCGCAGGGGGAAGCGCUGGGGCCGGGGCAGGGGGAAGCGCUGGGGCCGGGGCAGGGGGGGCAGGGGGAGCGCAGCAGCAACCCCCCUCACCGUAUCACCCAACUCCCCUCCCUCACCCCCCUCCCCAACCCCGCCCUUCCCCUCCCCGCUCCGCGCGGCCCCCCCGCCACCCUCCCCCCUGCAUCUGCGCCCUCCCCUUCUUACCCCCCCUCCCAUCCCCCACAAACCCCCGCUCUCCGCCCCUACCCUUCCACUCCUUACACAAACCCCCAAACCCAUCCCAACCACCUCACCACUCCUGCUGCAACCCCCGUUACAAGCACACCCGCGUCUCUCCCUCCUCCCGUCUGCCCUUCCCCGUGCAUUCUCCCUGCCGCCGCUGCUUCCUUCCCAAACCCCCAGCAGCAGCAGCCCUCCCGGUCCCUCUCUCUCUCUGCUGUUGCAAGCCCUGCCAACGCAACCACGGGGAAGGAGCAAGGACAGUCUUACAGAGGCUCGAGCAACUAUGGAAGCAUGAUGCAGCAGGCGCCACGAGAAGGCGGGCAGGCGCAGGGCCACGGGGGAAGCCAAGGGGGAGGCCAAGGGGGAACGACUCUUCAAGGAAGGACCCUCACCUCGUCCGCCUCUGCACCUGCGCACGGGUCAAUGCUGCUUUCAGCCGCUGCCUCUGCUGCUGCUGCUGCGGCUGCGGCUGCUGACGUUUCUUCUGGUGCCAAUAUCGGAUGUGCUAAUAACGGAUGUGGAGGUGGAGCAAGCAGUGGUGCUGCUGCUGCCUCUGCUGCUGCUCUCCCCGUUGGCAUAGCCACUCCGUCUUAUGUCACACCCGCUGCAGCCACACCAGCUGCCGCUCAAACGCCCGCCACUCCGGCUGCUCCCACGCUUCAACACUUCAUGGGUCCUCCUGCUGGUCCCUCUGCUGCUUCUUCUCCUGCAGUUGCAGCUGCUGCUGGUGGCGCAGGUGGUGGUUGUGGUAGUGGUGCUUCUUCCCCUGCUACCUACGCUGCACCCAAUGCUGGUGCGAGUGGUGGCGCUGGUAACAACAUGAGCAGAUUUGGCCUUCAGGUGCAAGCGCAGGUGCAUUGUGUCGCUGCUGUCUUGGCUCUCUCUGGUUACCAGCAGCAGCAGCUACAGCAGCAGCAACAGCAGCAGCAGCAGCAGCAGCAGCAGCAGCAGCAGAAGCAGCAGCAGCAGCAGCAGCAGCAGCAGCAGCAGCAGCAGCAGCAGCAGCAGCAGCAGCAGCAGCAGCAGCAGCAGCAGCAGCAGCAGCAGCAGCAGCAGCAGCAGCAGCAGCAGUAUGAGCAGCAAUACCAGCAAUCGCAACAGCAGCAGCAGCAGCAGCAGCAGCAGCAGCAGCAGCAGCAGCAGCAGCAGCAGCACAAUCAAUACCAGCAGCAGCAGCAGCAGCCGCCCUUCAGCCAUUUCCCUCAGUCUGCCGCUCCUGCCACCGAACCUGCCUCCGCCCAAAUCUACCAGACUCCAUACCAAGCCUCCGCUGCAGGUCAGGUACCUGCCACGCCUUCCCGCUCCGGUUUCACUGCGCCCACUUGUGCCGAACCUGCAGGUUCGAUGGGUGCCCCUCCCAUACCUGCUGCUACAGGUAUGGGCUCGGGAAGAGGAAAUUAUUGGGGUGAUUCUCCUGCCAACACUUACAUAAGUGCUGCUCCCAGUGCGUCUGCACUUAGUGGGGGUCCUUCCAUCCGCUUGCUCUCCAUCCCCACCGCAUCUCCUGCCACGUCAUCCAUGUCUGCCGGGCCUGCCACGUCAGCUGGCCGCGCUGUGUCAGCAGCACCUGCCACGUCAGCGGGCGGCGCUCGGUCCCCACAAAGGGGCGCGGUGUCGUCUGGCUCGGCUGGCAUGCUGAGGCUGCCAGGUGGCAUGCCACAUCAGCAGCAGCAGCAGCAGUAUUCGGAGGGGCAUUCAUGCAUGCAGCAGCAGGUGCGGCACCAGCAGCAGCAGGGGCAGCAGCAGCAGCAGCAGCAGCAGGGGCACCAGCAGCAGCAGCAGCAGCAGCAGCAGUUGAGCAUGCCUGUUGGCAUUGCCAGGCCUUCAGGGAUGGAGAGGGGAGCAGGGGAAGACAGGAGCUAUUCUUUCCCUAGUGGUGGUGUGGUGGCCCCUGCUGACCCUGCUGAUCUGUUUGCUGCUCCGCAGCAGCAACAGCAGCAGCAGCAGCAACUGCAGUGGCAGCAACCGCAGCAGCAGCAGGCAAUGUUCCCAUUGCCAUACAACACCACAGCAGGGGCAUGUGAAGGGGAGGCUGCUGCAGGAACAGGAGCGGCAGGAACAGCAGCCGGAGGAGCUGCAGGAGUAAGAGCGGCAGCGUGCACACCCAAGUCCCGGACACUCAACGUUGAUCUCACAGAUCUCCUUGAGAUGGACGGUGGGGAUGAACUGGGGGAGCGAACUGAGGCAGCGAGAGCCGUUGAUGGGAUAGAGGACGAGAUCCUAGGUGGACCGUUCAAGAAGCCACGACUUUGGGAUGAGAGGGAGGAGAUGGUGGGGGGGAUAGCAGGUGUUUCAGCUUCUUCCCCUUUCUCUUGCUUCGGUCGCCUGUCCCCGUUGUCACUCACAGAGGAGAGAGCGGAGAGCGGCGGGGAGGGGGGUGAUGGGACGGAGAUGGUUGGGGAGCCUGGGAACCGGGGGGGAGGAAUCAUGGGAUUUGAUAUGAAGGGGGCUUCGUGGGACUUUCUGGACGGGUGUUUGGACUUCAUUUGA